CCGAAUGCCGCGCAAAUUUUCAUCGAAUCCCGACUAGUGAGGAUGGACGCUCGGCUAUUAGCCGAAUAACAACAUCCGGUGCUCGCCGUGCUCGGCUUUUUGUCGGUUUUCUUGUCCGCUUCAAAGGGCAUGAAUAUUCGUGAAGUAACCGGAGUCAAACCAUCAACACAUUCGGGAAUCAACUUUAAUUGUACAUACCUUUAACCAACUGUCAACUGUUAUCAAAAUCAACCUGAAUACUUGCUGUCAAGCAGCCACAAUGCCUUAUCAUAGAACGAGCGUCCAUUCUAAUGGGUUCUCUCCAGAUGUUGACCAUGGGAGGAACGAGAGAGAGGAAAGCCCAACAUAUCUUAUGGAACACUUAGCGACAUUUUCAGUCUCGAAAGAAACUGGAAUUGUCUAUCCGGUAGAUGGCAUGAGAAGGCUUUUGCAGCUUGAAAAGACAAAUGGGAUUUGGUCACAAAAAAUGCAACUCAGAUUGGAUAAAAACCUUGUGCUUAUCAUCGACAAUGAGACUGGGGAUGUCAUGGAAAAGUUUCCAGCUGCAUUGAUACAAGAUCCAACAGCAUUUACAAGCAACGAUCCGAUGGAAAUUUAUAACAAUAUCUUAGUUUUUAUUGUCGGUGAUGGACGACCAAAUUCGCAUUCUGAAAUGCAUAUAUUUCAGUGCCAAAUAAUAUCUGCCCAAGAAUUAGUGGAGGACUUGAAACACCUCAGAGCUGGAAGAGCACUCGGACCGAGGACCGGGCAAAUCCCUCCUCCUCCCCCAACGCCACCUCCAGAACCACCUUUGAACGGAAUAAACGUUAGGGAACAAGUUUCAGUUUUCAACGCUGUCUCCCAGACAGAUUCGAGGGGCAGCAAUGACAUAGUAAACGCAAAUCCAGAUGAUGAAAGCAGUUCAACAUCGAGUGAAAAAUACGGACGUGAUGUAACAACUUUAAACCACUGUUUUGACGACAUUGAAAAAUUUAUCGCGAGGCUGCAGCAUUCAGCAGCCGCAUCAAGGGAACUUGAAAGACGGAAGAAAAAUAGAAAGUCCAAGAAGAAAGAUAUGGGCGAUGGCCUGUUGACCAUGCGCGCUAAACCUCCGCCAGAAUUGGAAUUUGUGGAUAUAUUUCAAAAAUUCAAGUUGUCAUUUAUACUUUUGGCUAAACUGAAACAUCAUAUACACGAUCCAAAUGCACCUGAGCUAGUUCACUUUUUAUUUACGCCCCUUGCUCUUAUCGUCGAAGCUUCCCAUGACACGAAAUACGCUCCAAAUCUACCGGCUAAAGUCGUUACUCCAUUACUUACGCAGGAAGCUAUUAACUUGUUAAUGAAUUGUGUUACAAGCAAGGAAACAGAGCUUUGGCACUCUUUGGGCGAUCCCUGGUUAAUUCCAAGAGAGCAAUGGAAAGGAAAAGUACCAGCAUACAGGCCAGUAUUUAUGGAUGGCUGGUCACCAGAUUAUGCUGUCACUGAUGACAUCGAUGAGAGACGAGAUAUUAAUGUGGGCAAUUCAAUUAGCCCGAUAAAUAAGCCGAUCCGGGGGGAAGAAUUGCGAGCUGUACAAAAUGAGGUGGACAUGAGAGAAACACACUACCAAAGAGAACGAGAACGCGAAAGAGAGAGAGAAAGAGAAGAGUCACACUACAGUAGUGAUUAUUUUGAGUAUGAUAGACAAGCCCCUUCGCCUUCUGAACCGAGGUACUCUUAUGAACGCAGUUAUCCAUCCAGAAACGACCGUUUCAGUCGUGAAGAGAGGAUCGAUUUGCAAGCACCUGUUGAACAAGAAGUCCCACCUCCUCCUCCGAGGAGUGAUAUUUCCGCAGAUUCAAUCGAAAGGACUGGAGCAGGUAUUGUAAUGGGCGGCGAAAAGUUCGAUAGGGCUCAAGCAAGGUGGCUCGAAGAAUUAACGAGAAUGGAUACGAAAAUUGUCCAAGUAACAUAUCCCAGGACAGCUAACAAUGACAAAGAGUUGAGUGUAGUCAGAGGUGAAUACUUGCAGGUUUUGGAUGAUUCUCGAAAGUGGUGGAAGGCUCGAAACAGUCGGGGCGAUGUCGCACACGUCCCUCAUACAAUAGUGACGCCUUAUCAACCGCUGGACAGUGAAGUCUUUGGGAAUCAGUCGUUUUCAAGAAACUAUUUUUCACCUCAGGAUGAACGCGGUGGGCAUUCCAGUGGAAUGAACCCAGCUACAUCGCCAUCACAACCGAAUCUCGUCCAACCGACGCCUGCUACGGCUGAAUGGGUUCGUAAAGAGAGACUCGUUUCAGAAGAUACAGAAAAAUAUAAAAUGUUCGCUGAAUUAAAGGAUGCAUUAUCGGUAUUUCACGGUAGGAAGCCGAUUAUAUUAAAGCGUAAAAAUCAGGUAUUUAUUGAUGCACAUUCUCAACCGGAUGAAGUUACUGCUUGGCUGAAAGAGAAAAAUUUCAAUGAGAGGAUUUGUGAGAUGAUGAAAGGGAUGACAGGUGGUGAAAUGUUUAAGUUACAACUUCCUCAGCUAGAAAUUAUUUGCGGCUCAGCAGAUGGGAAAAGACUGUACAAUCAGUUAAGCUUACAGCGUAACUUAAGCAAGUACAAAACGACAAGAGGUAUGGAACUGGAAGAGAAAUUGGCAAAAAGAAGACAGCAAUUUGAACAUUAAAUUUAAAAGGAAGAAUUUACAAUUGUAUUGCUGUCACUGUAAUUUAGAUUAAUGUUAUGUUUGUACAAUUAAAUAAAGAGAAAACCCUUGGUUCAUCCCA